AUGUGUAUAACAGCUUUCCUAAAACAGCAAGACAGUCCCUAUAAUAGACAGACACCAAUCAAGAUUAUAGUACUAUUUACUAUAAAUAAAAUAUCCCUAUAUUGCGAAAGUGGACAAGUGGACAAGCGGACAAGUAGACAAGCGGACAAGUGGACAAGCGGACAAGUGGACAAGCGGACAAGUGGACAAGCGGACAAGCGGACAAGUGGACAAGCGGACAAGCGGACAAGCGGACAAGUGGACAAGCGGACAAGUGGACAAGCAGACAAGUGGACAGGUGGACAAGCAAACAAGUGGAUAAGUGGACAAGUGGACAAGUGGACAAGUGGACAAGUGGACAAGUGGGUAAGUGGACAAGUGGACAAGUGGAUAGCUGCCUCUACUUAG